CCUCUAUCAUGUGAAGAUACUGGUAGGUCAGGUACCUAGGUAGCUUUCACCGUAUCAUAUAUCUCCAGGGCCAAUCUCUUUAAUUCUCCCCAAGAUCAUAAUAUGAUAAAAUUGAAUGGAAGUGUAUACAAUUGAAUGAAUUACAUGAAGCAGAAAAAUGGAGUAUAAGCGACAACCCGAAAGAAAUGCGACUCAAGUCAAACCGCGUUUAAUUAUUCAUGGCGGCGCCGGGAACAUAACGCCCGAAAAACUUGGUCCGGAGAAAUAUCAGGAAUUCAGACAUGCGCUCCUCACCAUCGUUUCCAAGGCAGACGCCUAUAUCCGCACUCCCCUAUCAUCCAGCGGAAAUGGGCAUUAUCGUCUCCUCUCUUCCGAGCCCAAGUUCCCUUCGGCUCUCGACAUCGCCACGUACGCCGUAACCCUACUCGAGAACCACCUGCUCUUCAACUCGGGCCACGGCGCGGUAUUCACGCGCGACGGCAUCAACGAGCUGGAAGCCUCCGUCAUGGUAUCCCGGGGCUACGCCAAGCGCGGCGUCGGCGUCACCGGCCUGCGCAGGGUCAAGAACCCCAUAUUACUCGCCAAGGCGAUGCUGGAGCACGGCGACGAGGACCUGGGCAAGAAGGCCAAGUCCGGGUUAGCGCAAUCGGGUGUAGCGUUGACAACAGUAACAACAGAAUCCGACGGCCAAGAGGCGCUUGGUCUCGACGUGCCGUCCGCGCAAGGCCACACGCUUGUCCACGGAGAGACGGCGGAAACGUUGGCUAAGAUGUACGGGCUGGAACUAGUUGAUCCGAAGUAUUUCUUCACUCAGCAGCGCUGGGAUGAGCACAUCCGGGCGCUGGAAAAUGAGAAAGUCGGAAAGGGUCUGGCGACUUGGAGUGCGGAGGAAUAUCUACCCCAGGGUACGUGCGGCGCGGUCGCCUUGGAUGCGGAUGGCGUGGUAUGCGCAGCUACUAGCACGGGAGGUCUCACGAAUAAACUUACCGGGCGCAUUGGCGACACACCCGUCGUCGGCGCCGGCUUCUGGGCGGAAGAAUGGGAAGAGGAGAGGGGAGCAAGUCAGGCAAAUCCCGGAUGGGUCUCGAAUGCCUCGCCGGGUCCGCUUAUAGAAUUGUCGGCAAACUUACGCAGCUUAGUCGCCGACUGUCUACCGACUCCUUUCAUAUAUUCUCCCGUUGCCCAAACGAAUACUAACGGGAGUUCCAAUCGCUUGCGAACAACACGGUCUAUUGCGCUGUCAGGUACCGGAAACGGCGACUCUUUCCUACGGGUAGCCGCUACCAGAACGGUCGGUUCGAUUGCGCGAUGGGCUCAGGUACCGGCGUCGAAUGCCUUAUGUCGUGUUGCCGGAAGAGGUGGAGAGCUGGAGAAGAGCGCUGGAGAUCGUUGGGGUCGAACGGGAGAGGGAGAGGGCGGUAUGAUCGGUAUAGAGAGCGUGGUCUCGCGUGACGAGUCUGGUCGAAUAGUCGCCGCCUCUGCCGGUAUAUUGCAGGAUCAUAAUUGCGGUGGGAUGUUUCGGGCGUGGAUUGACGAUGACGGAAAAGCUGUGAUGAGGAUAUUCCACCCCGAUAAAGCAGAUAAGUCUAUAGUCGAGAUGGUCGUGGUGGGAGAGGGGGUAACCGAGGAUGUUUGGAGGUGGAAUGCCGAGAAAGUGUAAGAAAUCAAAUUGCUAGAAUCGUUAGACUAGAUCGUUUAGAUAGAAACAUACCAGCACGAGGAAUAUUGAUACGGGAAAUCUAGGGAA